UAGCAAUGGUCAAAACAAAACAAAAAAAAGUUCAGAAUUAAUAUUUUAAUUUAAAACACGAAAAAAAAAAUCAAAAGCUUGUACAAUCACGAACGAAAUUCUCGCAUACUUAAAUUAAAUGAUUAUUUUGAUACAAAGAACUAAGGGCGAACGAGCACCACAUAGCAAUGCAUCUACAUCAUCAAAUUUUAUGCGUCAUUAUAUUUGUAUCGCUAACUCAAACAUAUUCCCUACCAAAUGAGCUGAACACAAUUGAUGAAAGCGCUAUUGCCAAGCCGGAAAAUGGACACAAUGCCAAAACAGUAAAGAAAGACUUGGAGAAAGAAAUUAAACCUCCCGAAACUACAUUAAAAACAAAUAGCGAUAGUAAAGUUGAAAAUGAAAAGAUAAAGCCCAUUGUCACUCCUGAACAGCAUGAUGAAAAGCCGAAGGAGGAGAUUGCUACACAGCCAAAGGACAAAAAUGAGACUGACCAGAAGAGCCCACAUGUGUCAGCCAAUGACAACAAAUCAUCGCCAAAACCUUUACCAUCCGAUUCGCAUAUUUACCACCAAGAGGAGGUGAUAAUGCAAAGUAAUGAGGAAAUAUCCGAUUCUUUGAAGACUGGAUUUUAUUUUUUCGUGGCCUUAAGCUUAAGUGCUAUACUAUUUAUUGUCUUCAAAGUUUACAGACUUCGUUUGUCUCGUGCUGAGCGUAAAUAUGGAGUUCAAGGAGAUCGUACUACCCAAGAACUAACUCCUCUUCCGAUAGGCAUCGAGGAUGGGCACAGUGAUGAUGAAGAUCAAACAGUUUUUGAAGUUAAUCGCCAAAAUAUACGAAUAUUAUGAAAUUUAAUUUUAUAGGCUUAUAAGCAAAAUUAUGUGGCCAAUAAGGCAACAAAGAAGUGGAAUGUUUAUGAAUAUAUAUAUUUUGUUUUUGGUAUUUACACAUACUUAAAUAUGGUAUUACCGACUUAUAUGCCUGUGGUACUGAAUAUUUCCAUGUAAAAAUAUGAACCUAUAUAUACUAGAAGAAAACCAAAUAUUACUGAAGCAGUUUAACUUAAUUUGUUGCGCCUGAAGGCAUUAAAGCAGACAAAAUUUUUGAUUUCGUUAAGAAUACAUCGCUCUCCAUUUUACCUCCUAUAUAAGAAAUGUGCAACUAUUGUCUAUCUACAAAAGUUAUUGUCAUUGUUUUAAUACUCUGUAAAAUGUUUGUGAUAAUAAUAAAAUUAAAUGUAUACUACAAA